AUGCGCGAUCUCGUCGACGAGGUGACGGAGGAGAACCGCGUGGCGACGGAGUACGUCGCCCAGCGGGACGUCACGACGAUCUACAACGCCUGCAAGGGCCUCGGCACCGACGAGGCCGCGCUGUCGUCGAUCAUGAUCGGCCGCACGAAGGCGCACCUGGAGACGGUCGACGCGCUGUACCGCGAGCACGUCGGCGGGGGCAAGACGCUCGCGUCCCUCAUCCAGAGCGAGGUGAGCGGGAACCUGUGCAAGCUGCUGCUCUACCGGUCCCAGUCGAAGGUCGAGUUCAUGGCGUCCAUGGUCGACGUCGCCUGCAAGGGCUUCGGGACGGACGAGGAGCUGCUCGUCGACACGCUCGUGCCGGCGAGCAACGCGGAGCUCCUGGCGCUGCGGGAGCACUACGAGGCGACGCGGGACGCGAGCCUCAUGGAUCUGAUGCGCAGCGAGCUGAGCGGGGAGAUUCUGUUGUUCGUGACCAAGCUCCUGGCGGGCGAGCGCGACGAGUCGGGCGACGUCGACGAGGACGCGGCGGCCGAGGCCGCGGAGAAGCUCUACGAGGCGGGCGAGAAGGACUGGUGGGGCACGGACGAGGCGGCCUUCGUGGACGCGCUCCUCGGCGCGAACCCGAAGCAGUGCCAGGCCAUUAAUACGGCCUACGAGAACAGCCACGGCAAGUCGCUCCAAAAGGCCAUCAAGUCCGAGUUCGGCUCCGACGCGGCCUACGGCCUCUGCGCCUGCUUCUACGACGGCGCGCCGGAUCUCAUGGCGCGGCGCCUCGUCGACGCGAUGAAGGGCUUCGGCACGGACGAGAGCGACGAGCUCGUGGGCAUCCUCGCGCGGCGCACGAAGAGCCAGCUCGAUCGCAUCGAUGCGCAGUACCGCGCGCUCUACGACACGACGCUGCGGCGGGAGAUCGAGGCGGAGACGUCGGGCGACUUCAAGGACAUGCUCGUGCUCAUG